UUCAGGUGUCUUUCUCCUCCCUGUUUCGCAGGUGUGGCAUCUAGGUAAGGCUGUGCCUGAAUUCCUCUUCCAUUCCUUGCUGGGAGAACAGCCAGCAAGAGCGCUUACUUUGGUGAAAAGGGAAAGGUAGGCCGAAAUUGGACGAUUUCCUAACAGGAGCUAGGUCACAAGAGAGAGAAAGCGAAGAGCCAAGGCUGGAGAAAAGGUGACAGAAUGGAGAUUGCAAAGGCAAACGGGAGCACAGGAAAGCAGGAAGAAGUGAAAAAACCCACCUCUCCGAAGAAGGAGGGAGAAGAAGGGAAGAAAUCCACCAGCCCAAAUCGGGGGGAGAAAGAUGUCAGUAAAAACAAUGCCAGUCCCUCGCUGGAAACGGGCCAGCUCAAAAAUUCAGUCUACUCUGGGGGAGACUGGAAGAGGCCAAUCAUUCAGUUUGUCGAAUCAUCUGAUGAGAAGAGGUCAACCUACUUCAAUAUGGAUUCAGGGGAGGCCAAAAAGCCAACUUUCCCGACUGCGCAGGUAGGGGAAACCCGGAGGUCCCAAAUUUCCUUCCCAGAGAGAGGGGAUCUGAGGAAGUCCUUAUUCAAUGUGGAAACGAAGAAGACCUUUGCCAGCGAAGUGGAUGUUAAAAAGCCACUGUAUUCUAGUGGGCAGAUUGCAGAUCUCAGGAAACCUACACUCUCCCUUGGAGAAUUAGGAGAGGCCAAGAGAACCAACUACAACAGGGGCAAUAGAGGGUCUAGUUCAAGGCCCCGAGUGAAUCUGGAAGAAGUCCUUUGUGACUCCUGCAUUGACAACAAGCAGAAGGCUGUCAAGUCCUGCCUAGUGUGUCAAGCUAGCUUCUGUGAGGUCCACCUGAAGCCCCACUUAGAAGGGGCUGCUUUCCGAGACCACCAACUUCUGGAUCCCAUCAAGGACUUUGAAGCCAGAAAAUGCCCUGUGCAUGGCAAGACCAUGGAGCUCUUUUGCCAGACAGACCAGGUCUGCAUCUGUUAUCUCUGCAUGUUCCAGGAGCACAAGAACCAUACUACGGUGACAGUAGAGAUUGAGAAAUCCGGCAAAGAGACUGAGCUCUCUCUGCAAAAAGAGCAGCUGCAGUUGAAGAUCAUUGAACUUGAAGAUGAGGUGGAUAAAUGGCAGAAAGAGAGGGACCGUAUCAAGAACUUUACCACCAAUGAGAAAGCCACGGUAGACCAGCAUUUCAAAGAGCUAAUCCGUGACCUGGAGAAACAGCGAGAGGAAGUGAAGGCUGGCCUGGACCACAGGGAGAAGGUUGCCGUGGAGAACAUUAAGGAGAUUGUGGAGGAGCUGGAAGAAAGGAACAAGCUAUUGCAAGAGGAUAAGGAGACACGGGAGCAGAUAGGCCAGAUCAGUGACUCAGUGCUCUUCCUGCAGGAAUUUGGAGCAAUGAUGAGGAGUUACACCAUCCCUCCAUCUCUGCCGACAUACAGCAUCCUGCUCGAGGGAGAGAACAUGAGCCCGUCUAUGGGGCUGCUUAGAGAUGACCUCCUGAACGUAUGCAUGAGACAUGUUGAGAAGAUCUGCAAGGCAGACCUCAGCAGGAACUUCAUUGAGAGGAACCACAUGGAGAACGGUGAUCACCGCUACAUGAUGAACAACUACUCUGAGUGGAACCAGCCAGACAGCCUGAAGAGGUUUUCCAUGUUCUUGAAUCCAAAAGGAGGCAAUUACAACACCAGGGCCUGGGAAUUUUCUGCCAUGCAGACUGCAGAGGAGACACUUUCAACAGGGAACCCUGCUUUCUCCCUGAAAGUGGGCAAUGGGACCAAGAUGUCAUAUCAGUUCCCCCCAAUGGGCCAGAGUUCACCCGGAGAUUUCAGCAAGCAGUCCGACGGGAGCCUCUAUACUAAGAAUGCUUACCCUGCAAUAGUGAGGCACCAAACCGCGAAGGCGCAGCCACAGACGUGGAAAUCCUCCAAGCAGAGCAUGCUGUCUCACUACCGCCCCUUCUACGUCAACAAGGGCAAUGGAGUCACCUCCAAUGAAGCACCGUGAUCCACUUCCAAUGAAGCGCCUUGCUGGGAGAGGAAACGAAAAUGAGAUUUUUUUUUCACAGAUUGCCCUGCGACUGUAUUAACUAUGCCCUUCUAAUAUUUCUUUCUUUCUUUUUUUUUAAAGGGGAAAAGUAUUCUUGGGGAGGUGGGGAGGUGCUGCAAUGUAUGUCCCAUUCUGGGGGAAAAUGAAGAAGGUCCCCUCCAUCGUGUUCACCUCGGGCAUGCUAUUCUUGAUAAAAAAAAAAAGCUUUGCAGCCCCUGUAAACAGUGUGCCCAAGUGCAAUCCCAGAUCGACAAUGCCCCCCCCCUUUCCCUGCAUUUAUUUGCUUAGCUUUUACUAUUUGUUUCCUGGAGGGGGAGAGAUCUCAGCAGGGCAUCAGUUUGCUUCCCCACCCACCCAAGGGCCAGGGUCUCAAGAUAACCACUUUGGCUUUAAACCAACUAGUUGUUGACCAUAAAUGCAGCUUCCUCCACACUGCCUUCUAACUGCAUUGUUGUCAACUGCUAAUUUUAAAGGUGCUUAU